AUGGCUGACAGCUGCGCCGGAAACCGCCGCGAUCUCUCGCCCAAAUCCUCCGACGGCGCGCAGGACGGCGGCGAUCCUGCCGUGUGGGCGGCCUUCACGGAGAACUUUCGGCAAGUCCAGUCGGUGCUCGACCGGAACCGCGUGCUGAUCCAGCAGGUGAACGAGAACCACCAGUCCAAAAUACACGAGAACAUGGUGAAGAACGUGGCGUUGAUCCAGGAAAUCAACGGGAACAUCACCAAGGUCGUCUCUCUUUACUCCCAUCUCUCCGAAAACUUCUCCACCGCCGUCAAUCACCACGGCGAGGCCAGGAGCUCCGCCUCUGCUUCUGAGGGGGACAAGAAGUAG